CGCCGGGAGGGGUCAGGGGUGAGAGGGCAGCGUGUGAGCGCGCGCUCCGGUGCGGCGGCUCCGCGCGAGGUGACGGGCGGGCCGGGACCCCCGCUCCCCCCGCCCGCAUCGCCCCCGUGACGCCCCGUUUGCCUUGCAGGAGGCCCAGGAUGGCGGAGAGACCGGAGGAUCUGAACCUGCCCAACGCCGUUAUCACACGCAUCAUCAAGGAGGCGCUUCCUGAUGGAGUAAAUAUUUCCAAAGAAGCCCGGAGCGCAAUAUCUCGCGCGGCAAGCGUGUUUGUGCUUUAUGCGACAUCGUGUGCAAAUAACUUUGCCAUGAAGGGGAAGAGGAAGACGCUGAACGCUGGCGAUGUUCUCUCAGCCAUGGAGGAGAUGGAGUUUCAGCGAUUUGUGGCCCCGCUGAAGGAAUCCCUGGAAGUUUACAGGCGUGAACAGAAAGGAAAGAAAGAAGCCAGGAAAGAUAAAGACAAGAAGGCAGACUCGGAGGAGCAAGAUAAGAGCCGAGAGGAAGAGAACGAUGAUGAUGACGAAAGGAUGGAGGAAGAAGAGCAAAAUGAUGAGGAGGAGGUGGACAACUGAGCUCGCUGAUGAGACGUGCGCAGGGGCCGGGGUUUGUUCAGAGGGAUAUAAAUGCUCCAAAUCAACCUGGCUGUGUCCCCUCUUGUUUCCAGACAAGCUUUGUACUGUUCCUCUGCAGCCCAUGCCUUUUGGGCUUUAACUUGUACAUAAAGGACUUUGUGAAUCUUUUCCCGUGCGCGGGGGCUUGGCUCCCGCCCGCUUCUGGGCAGCCACACGGGACUGGGCCUUUUGUGCUGGGUUGGCUCCGAAAUAAAGGAGAAAAGAACCGUCAGAUGCUCAGUACAGAAGCUGGCCAGGAGAACCUGAGAGACUGUUGAAUAAGCUCGUUAAACCCAAGUCAGGAGCUGAAUCAAAUGGAUCGUUAACCCUUUGGGGUUUAGAAUCUAUGUGAUGAUGUCAAGGGGGUUAGAAGCUGAACAAUUUAAGCUUUUUAUCCAAGUGGCUUGUUUUUUUCCUUCAUUUUCUUGCAUUCUGGCUGUGCCUUCUCUUCCUGCCAUAGCUGUGACAGCCAUGAGCCUUUCAGCCUCACCGGUCACAGCGAGACAGCACAAGUGUACAGUGACCUGUGGUCCCCCCAGCUCACCCCAAAUCAACCUAAACUGACAAAUUUCACAGCACUUAGGAUGUCACCUAAGUACUGAAAGUGCUUCUUUUGUGUCUUUAAAGCCCUGGGGGACCAAGAGGAAUUUUGUUACAAAUCUGAAGCAAAAUGAACACCUAAAAGGUGUAUCGGGGUGACAAAAUACCUCCUUCAAGAAAAACGGGGUGUUUGUAUUCCUGGUACUCACAUAGGUUUGUUGUUUUAUACUUGAAUUCUUAGUUUUGAUGCCUUUUCUUUCUCUUCUUUGAGAAAGUAUCUAUUAGGAUAAGCUUCUUUUUGGGAAAAAAUGCUUUAUUAGUUCAUCUUUUUGAAGACUAAUAACCCUAAUAUUUGGACUAAACCGAGGUCUGGUGAAGGAAAUUUGAGGAAAGUUUUGGGUAUAUUUAAGUAAAACCCACGAGUUUUGCCGAUGUGCAGUUUUAAAAUAGCACUUGUGAGGAACAGCAUGUCCUUUCCACCCAACACUUGGCGCAGAGCUGCCCUUUGUGCUUUCACGGCACGACGGCUUUUCUCACGCAGAUGCCCAGUGCCUGUAAAGAGCUGCAUCAACAAAGAUUUUCUGCUGUCUCAUUUCUACUGGCGUGCAGUCAGUAACACAUGAAAAGACCAAGUUGAUGAUGCCUUCCCAAGAUCUCCAACAAAAAAGGCACGUCUGUUAACUCUUUUUCCUCUUGUUUUGUUUCUUUUUCCUCUUUGAGACAUAUCUGGGAUGCACAUUCUGGAAGGGAACAAUAUCUAAAUAAAAGCCAGAUUUUUUUUUUUAA